UUACGGGAGAAACGUGGUUUUAGAAGGGAAGUGGGUGUCUCCUCCUCCUCCUCCUCCUCCUCUAAAGCAAAGAAAAUUAAAAAAAAAAAAAAAAAACCUUAUUUCUUUGACUGUAGUUACUGAGUGUGUGGGGGCACCCUCGCCUCACCUCAGCCUCAACCAAACAAACAUCUAUCGAUCUAUAUUUUCAGAUUCAAUUUCACAGUAACCAAAAAUGAAAGGUGCUGUCUUUGUAGCUAUUGUGGCUUCCAUCGGUAAUUUUCUUCAGGGUUGGGAUAAUGCUACCAUUGCUGGUGCCAUUCUUUACAUUAAGAAAGACCUUGCUUUGCAUACAACUAUGGAAGGACUUGUGGUGGCCAUGUCCCUCAUUGGAGCCACCGUCAUCACAACUUGCUCUGGUCCCAUUUCAGAUUGGCUUGGUCGCCGACCCAUGAUGAUUAUCUCAUCUGUGCUAUACUUCUUGGGUAGUUUGGUAAUGUUAUGGUCUCCUAAUGUUUAUGUGUUGUGCUUGGCAAGGCUGCUUGAUGGAUUUGGUAUUGGCCUUGCUGUAACUCUUGUUCCGGUCUAUAUAUCUGAGACUGCCCCCUCCGAUAUAAGGGGAUCAUUAAAUACACUUCCCCAGUUCAGUGGUUCUGGUGGCAUGUUUUUAUCAUAUUGUAUGGUUUUUGGUAUGUCAUUGACUGUCUCACCUAGCUGGAGAGUAAUGCUUGGGAUUCUAUCUAUUCCUUCUCUCUUCUAUUUUAUAUUGACAGUUUUUUUCUUGCCUGAGUCUCCGCGGUGGCUGGUCAGUAAAGGAAAGAUGCUUGAGGCUAAAAAGGUUCUCCAAAAGCUACGCGGCCAGGAAGAUGUGUCUGGUGAGAUGGCAUUGCUGGUUGAAGGUCUCGGAAUUGGAGGUGAUGCAUCUAUAGAAGAGUACAUAAUAGGCCCGGGUGACGAGGUGGUUGAUGGUCACGAACAAACAACAGAUAAAGACAAAAUCCGAUUAUAUGGAUCUCAAGCUGGCCUCUCUUGGUUAGCAAAACCUGUAACUGGACAGAGUUCUCUGGGCCUUGUGUCACGCCAUGGAAGUCUUGCCAACCAAAGCAUGUCUCUCAUGGAUCCUCUUGUGACCCUAUUUGGCAGCGUUCAUGAGAAGCUCCCUGAGACAGGAACAGGAAGCAUGAGAAGCGCUUUGUUUCCAAAUUUUGGAAGCAUGUUCAGCACAGCUGAGCCUCAUAUUAAAAAUGAACAUUGGGAUGAAGAAAGCCUACAGAGAGAAGGUGAGGACUACAUGUCAGAUGCUGCUGCCGGGGACUCUGAUGACAAUUUGCAUAGUCCAUUAAUCUCACGUCAAACAACAAGCCUUGAAAAAGACUUGCCUCCUCCUCCUUCCCAUGGCAGUAUAGUGAGCAGCAUGAGGCGCCACAGUAGUCUCAUGCAAGGAUCAGGUGAGCCAGCUGGUAGUACAGGCAUUGGUGGUGGUUGGCAGCUUGCAUGGAAAUGGUCUGGUAAAGGUGAGGAUGGUAAAAAGCAAGGAGAGUUUAAAAGGAUUUAUUUGCACGAGGAGGGAGUUUCUGCAUCUCGACGUGGAUCCGUUGUAUCAAUUCCUGGUGAAGGUGAUUUUGUCCAGGCCGCCGCCUUGGUUAGCCAACCUGCUCUUUACUCCAAGGAGCUAAUUGGUGAACAACCAGUUGGGCCUGCAAUGGUUCACCCAUCUAAGACUGCUACGAAAGGGCCCAUUUGGGAGGCUCUUCUUGAACCAGGGGUCAAACAUGCAUUGUUUGUUGGGAUUGGAAUACAACUCCUUCAGCAGUUUUCAGGGAUAAAUGGGGUUCUAUAUUACACUCCUCAAAUCCUUGAAGAGGCAGGUGUUGCAGUUCUUCUUGCAGAUUUGGGCCUUAGCUCAGCGUCUGCAUCUUUUCUUAUAAGUGCUGCCACAACCUUGUUGAUGCUUCCUUGUAUAGGCUUAGCCAUGAGGCUUAUGGAUGUCUCUGGCAGAAGGCAGUUACUACUAGUUACCAUUCCCGUGCUGAUAGCUUCACUAGUUAUAUUGAUCCUUGGAAGCAUAGUAGAUUUUGGCAAUGUUGUUCAUGCCGCAAUCUCAACUGUAUGCGUUGUGGUUUAUUUCUGCUUCUUUGUCAUGGCUUAUGGACCAAUUCCAAACAUCCUUUGCUCAGAGAUUUUUCCGACUAGAGUGCGUGGCCUCUGCAUUGCUAUCUGUGCAUUGGUGUUCUGGAUUGGAGACAUCAUUGUCACAUACUCGCUGCCUGUGAUGCUAAGUUCAUUAGGACUGUCCGGUGUCUUCGGCGUGUAUGCUGUUGUGUGUUUAAUCUCCUGGAUAUUUGUGUAUCUGAAGGUUCCAGAAACAAAGGGCAUGCCCCUUGAAGUCAUCACUGAAUUCUUUUCUGUUGGUUCAAAGCAGGCUGCAUCUGCCAAAAAUGAGUGACAGAACUUGUGUAAUUUUAGUUGCCAAAGCCACCAUCUCUCGUAUUUAUAGAUUUUGAUUGUCAUAAGUUUGUUUGGUGGAAGAUAUCUUCUAGUUCAAAUAUUAUUCUUUCAUAUAUAAAAUUUUGCAUUUCAAAAUUGGAAAUAACCUUCUGGAUUUUCGACUGAAGAAGGUGUAUGUAUGUAUGUAUGUAUAAAGCCUGUGACGCGCAGUCUUGAAA